UAUUUGAUUUCAUUGGAAGGGGGCUUUUCCAUUUAGGGUUCUUUUUCCCUUUUCUUUUUUUCAUUGGGCCAAAAAUCAGAGCAACAGUCUCUUCCCUGUCUCAUCAAAUCCGCUUAAUUAGGAAAACCCCAAAUAUUUUGUAUUUCGAAUUUCGCCCAAUUCUGUAUUUCCUUCUUUCUCCCUCCAAACCGAGAGAAAUGCAAAGAGAGGGGUCAGUAAAUACUCAAAAUUUUUUUUUUUAUAUUUUUCAACUUUCUUUGCAAAUCUUUUACUUUCCCUCCAUUUCUUUCCUCUCUUUCUCUCUCCCUGUGCUUCACGAUCCUCGCUCGAAAGAGAAGAAUUAGUGUGGCUAAUGGACGCUUACAACCCGCGUACCGUUGAAGAAGUCUUUCGAGAUUUCAAGGGUCGCCGUGCUGGCAUGAUUAAAGCCCUUACUACUGAUGUGGGAGAGUUUUUCCAGCAGUGUGAUCCAGAAAAGGAGAAUCUUUGCCUUUAUGGAUUUCCAAGUGAACAAUGGGAAGUGAAUCUACCUGCUGAAGAGGUGCCUCCCGAGCUUCCAGAGCCUGCACUCGGUAUUAACUUCGCUAGAGAUGGGAUGCAAGAAAGGGACUGGUUAUCUUUAGUUGCUGUACACAGUGAUGCGUGGUUACUUUCUGUGGCUUUCUAUUUUGGUGCUAGAUUUGGAUUCUAUAAAACUGAUAGGGAACGCCUUUUCAAUAUGAUAAAUGAUCUUCCAACAAUAUUUGAAGUUGUGACAGGAUCAGCUAAGAAACAUACAAAGGAGAAAUUAUUGGUUUCAAAUCAUAGCAGCAAGAAGUCUAAAUCAAACUCUAAGCAAGGCUCUGAAGCUCAGACCAAAUAUUCAAAAGCAGUGCCAUCACAGGAUGAGGUUGAUGAUGGUAUCGAAGAGGAAGAUGACGAUGAGCAUGGAGAGGCAUUAUGUGGGGCUUGUGGGGAGAAUUAUGCAGAUGAUGAAUUCUGGAUUUGCUGUGAUAUCUGUGAGAAAUGGUUCCAUGGAAAAUGUGUAAAGAUUACACCAGCAAGGGCAGAGCAUAUUAAGCAGUACAAAUGCCCAUCGUGCAGCGGCAACAAGAGUGCACGGCCUUCUUGAUGUCUGGUCUUUGCAAUGUCUUCAAGGCUUCAUCUUUUGUCAAUAGGCAAUUGGGUGUUAGCUAGGCUUGUUUAAGCUAACACAUGGGUUCAAGCAGGUGGCCUGGGAGUGUUGUUGCUUGCCAUCCAUUUGAGUUGCAGCUUAACAAUGGAGGUGAGCUUUUCUUCACCAUUUGGAUCUCUAAAACACCUAAAAUCUGUUCAUAUAAAAGGACCAGCAACGCGGACCUGUGCGCUUAUAUAUGUGAGAGAUGGAGAAUGGGAACAGGUCAAGCCAUGCUGCAUUUGGUAACCAUUUUCAGUGGUGAAACACCUCUACCCUGUAUUAUAUACAAGGUGUUAAUGGAGGGAAAGUGGGUUGGAUUAGGUCUAGCUAGUGCAUAUAAUUUCACUAGCAAAGUUAAGUUUUUCCUUUUUAAGGUCUGACUAGCAAGCUUCAAGUGUCGAUCGGUACGGUAGAUCAAUACCCAUCAAUGAGUUGAAGAAUAUACUUUAAAUCCAAGUCGAUCUAACGGUUAGUGUCAAAGAUCGGAGAAAAAAACUAUUUGAAUUUUGGUUCGUUAAUAUGAGAUGUUCAAUGUUGUUUUAUGAAUACAAAAACUAAACUAUAAAAGAGAAUGGAAAAAAAGCUUCUGAUUAAUAUAGGCGGUGUGAAUGGA